CACAUUCUGAACAGACUCCCAACUUUUCGCUCUCGAAAAUGACAAGUCCACCUCCCAUGACCUAGAGAAAGAAGAAUCCCCGAGUUCGUUUCCAGUUUCUCACCCUUGGGCCUGGACAUGUCGACGAUGUCGUUCAGAGGAAGCACAUGGCGGCUUUUCCUGGUUGGCUUUAACGCGCCCGCUUAUGCCUGCUCGUCAAUAACCGCACCAACAAAUCCCUUGCGCCUCAAACCUUCAAGCCUCCACAUUCACCAUGCGCCCGUGCAUGUGUACUCCCACUCUUUCCCAUCUCAUCCUGCGGCAGGAGAGAUGUGCAAAUACAGAGAUUCCGCUGACGAUCCUCGAAUUCCCAUCAUGCACGUCUGCCCGCACGCUCAUGUCUUCGCUACAAAGGUGACGUGCAGCUGGUGCAGCCGCGAAAGAUGGGUGCAGCCAACCAAAUCUCCGACGAUCGAGAGGGAGAAUCAAUGCAGUGGGGCAGGGGUGUCUCGAUCAUGGUUCGCUGAAUCACCCUCAGGAAACGCCAAGCCUCAACGUCCUUUGCAUGCCUGCCCGUCCCCACCUCAGCCAGCCCAAUCCUCGCGGAAGCGGUUACGAAGCUCGAUACGGGAAAUUGGGUGCAGUAGCGUGUGGUAGUGGCAGUUGAGUCCUAAGGCAUAGCGCAAGGCUUGUCAUUUGCGCGGAAGGGGGAAAGCGGAAGCUAGUGAAGUGAUUCAGCCGUUCAUCGAUGGAGAGCGAGCUCCUCUCGUAGCCUGGGCGUGAGGAGAAAUGCAAGGUAGCGGCGAAGUCCGAGAUCCUGGGUUGCAACUGUUGUUCUCACCGAUGAGGCUGGAGGUUCGGAGAGCGGAGAGUGCAGUGGAAGGUGAAAGUUCAAUUCCAGAGCUACCUAAGUGUGUGUAAAUGA